UGGGCUCGGGAGGGAGUUGGAAGGCGGAGGGAGCCGCGGUUGUGCCGUGAGGGGAAGGGCGGCGUUCGGAGCCAGUUUCCUCUUUCCAGGGAGGCCCCCGGUGACGGAGGGAGCCGGGCCGAGGCGGCGAGAUGGUCAUGGAGUACUUCGUGGAAAGUUUUUGGGGUGAAAGGAACAAUGGCUUUGAUGUCCUUUAUCAUAAUAUGAAACAUGGCCAUACAUCUACAAAAGAAUUAGCAGAUUUUAUAAGAGAAAGGGCGACAAUAGAGGAGGCAUAUUCAAGGUCAAUGACAAAGCUCGCCAAAUCAGCAAGCAAUUAUUCACAGAUUGGGACAUUUGCACCAGUCUGGGAUGUUUUCAAAUUGUCAACUGAAAAACUAGCAAGCUGUCACCUAGAACUUGUUCGAAAGUUGCAAGAACUAAUAAAGGAAGUACAGAAGUAUGGAGACGAGCAAAUAAAAGCUCAUAAAAAGACCAAGGAAGAAGUUUCAGGAACUUUGGAAGCAGUGCAAAACUUUCAGAGCAUUACCCAGGCGCUCCAAAAAGCAAAAGAAAACUACAAUUCAAAAUGCGUGGAACAAGAACGUUUGAAAAAAGAAGGCGCAACGCAGAGAGAAAUAGACAAGGCGGCAGUAAAAUCCAAGAAAGCUACUGAAAUGUACAAAUUAUAUGUAGAAAAAUACGCUGCAGCAAAAUCUGAGUUUGAACAGAAGAUGAAUGAAACUUCCCAGAAAUUUCAAGAUAUUGAAGAAAUGCAUCUCUUCCAUAUGAAAGAAAUUAUAGAAUGUUUUUCAAGUACAGUGAAUGAAAUUCAUUUACAGAUUGGAGAGGUCCAUGAAGAAUUUGUAAAUAACAUGGCAAACACAACAGUUGAAAGUCUGAUACAAAAAUUUGCUGAGUUAAAAGGCACAGGCAAAGACAGACCUGUGUUUGCAGAAUCUGCCCAGCCUGGAAGCACUUUGACAGUGCUGUGGAAGAAGAUUCCUCUCAGCCUACUCCCAUAGUACAAGUCUUGGAGGAAAAUAGCUGAGGGGUUUCCAAAGCAGAGCAAGAAAAGCAACAUGGUUACUCUUAAAAACUGUAUAAAAAUAAAAUACAAGAAUUUGCCAGUUAAUUUAUUAUUGAUUGUCAGAGUUAGUCAGAGCUAAUGCCAACUUUCAAAAGUUAAUAAAACUACAUCACAUUUAUAUCUCUAUAUUCUGUUGAAGCUGAAUUCAGAAUACAUUCCACCAUGAAUUCUUCUCCUCCAAAUAGGCAGAGUAGGUAUGCCUAUGGAAUUAAUGAUGCAUGGAGAGUGUUUCAAAACCAGUAAGUAGUAAGGACUGCUGAGUUUGGGGGAGGUUGUUUGUUUUGAAGCUGGCAACUACAAGUGAAAUGCUAAUGGACUAAUCUAAACCAUUUCAGUUUAAAUCCAAUUUCUUGGAGUGGGGGUGAAGAUAAAAACUUAGUGGGAAGCCAGAUGUGUUUUCUCAUCUAAAACACAGAGCAGGCUGACACAACUUAAAAAAAGGUAAAAGGGCCACAUUGAUAUAUUAAAAAUAAUUGUGGGCCAUAAAGGAGUAUCUGGCACACUGAUCACCUAUUUGGUGAAUAGCUGUUCGGCGGCUAUGAUGGAGCUGGCAGGGUUGGUGAGUCCUGGAGGUGUUAGGGGGACUUGGUAGAGUGUCUUUUGGGACAGAGGUGGCUGUGAAAAACUAGGCAGCAGCAGUGGAUCCUUUCUGGUGGUGACAUUUGGCAGCAGUAGAUUUGCUGGCUUUUCAAAAAAUGCCAGCGAGCCACACAAGCAUGUUGUACAGGCCUGCAUUAGAGUAUUCUAUUUCGCCCAAGUUCAAUAUGUGUUUUUAAUACAGGAUUUCACAAAAAUACUUGGUGCAGUGUACUGACUAAUACAACUCCUGUCCCAACUUCUCUGUAAACGUUUUUGUAAAUAAAACUUUUCAUGUUAAGAAAUUAUAUAAAAUGAACGUGAGUUUUAAGGUUUCCGAAACAAAUAGUAAAAAUCAGUGACUUAUUCCAAAAAGAAAAAUCUUGAAGAAAUGUUAAUGACU